CCAGCGCAGGAAACACACACACAGUGAGGGAGUCAAGGUGAAGUGGAGCCUUACACACCGGAGCUCUGACGCGUUUAUGGUCCAAAGUUUUGUUGGGAAACUAAAAGCAGGAAACAGGAGAAGUGUCGAGUUUUUAUUUGUAUUCUCUCUUCGUGACUUUCUGCCUCCGCUUCUCUGAUGGAAUGGUUUUAUUUAAUCGGAUUACUUCUCCUCUGAACACCGGUGGUGUGCCGGAAUUCUCUCACCUCCUUUCUUUCUCCUUUUUCUAAUCUUAACCACUCGUUUUUAUGUCUAAACCUAACUGGACAGUCAUUUUUCUCGACUAAAUUGAACUGUGAAGACAGCGAAACGCAGAGCCAAAUUUCCCCCCUGAAGAGCGAGCAUUUGGUGCGAUAAGAGCGACGGAAAACCUUCCCCUUUUACGCGCUGAGACCUCAGGCAGAGGGGAGAUUUCCAGCCUGAGCUCCAGCCGCGGAUCCCCCCACGGGGCUCUGCUGUCUUUCUAGCCGGCCAAAGCGCGUCUUUCCCGGGCUCCUCCGAGCUGCAGCGGCCGUUAAAUGAGCGCAGCGUUCAGCCCGUCCUUCAUGGUGAUGCAGCGGCCACUCGGAAGCACCACCGCCUUCAGCAUUGACUCUCUGAUCGGGGGGCCCCCGCAGCCCAGCCCGGGACACUUUGUCUACACCGGAUACCCCAUGUUCAUGCCGUACAGGUCGGUGGUGCUGCAGCCGCCUCCUCCGCCACCCCCGGCCCUGCAGCAGGCUCUCCCCGCCGCACACCACGCGCAGAUCCCCAGCCUGCAGAGCGGCUUCUGCUCCAGCCUGGCGCAGGGAAUGGCGCUCACAUCCACGCUCAUGGCGUCGCUGCCCGGCGGCUUUUCCCCGUCCCAGCAGCACCAAGAGGCUGCCAGAAAGUUCGGCUCGCAGUCGCUGCACGCGGUCUUUGACAAAAGUCAGGAGCUGCGGCUGCACGAGGAGGACGGGAAGAGCUUCCUGCAGGGGAAAGAGGCCGCAGCGAUGCACGCUUUCCACGACACGGAGCAGACAUCCACAGUCAGAGCCCACAGUAAAGAAGACUCCAGGGAGGAGGAGUGCGGCCGGAAAGAUGAGAGCUUCUCCAUGGACAGCGACUUGGACUACAGCUCGGACGAUAACCUGCUGUGUCACAAGGAGGAUGGGGGGGAAAGCGGCGGCGGCAGCGGCGGGCUAGAGGACGGCCAGCACGUGCACGGAGGCCCGGGCUCCGGUGGAGGCUCCGGUGCUGGGGGAGGAGGCGGCGGAAGCGGGAAGAACCGGCGGCGACGGACGGCAUUCACGAGCGAACAGCUGCUCGAGCUGGAGAAGGAGUUCCACUGCAAGAAGUACCUGUCGCUGACCGAACGCUCGCAGAUCGCGCAUGCGCUGAAGCUGAGCGAAGUGCAGGUGAAGAUCUGGUUCCAGAACCGGCGCGCCAAAUGGAAACGGGUCAAAGCCGGGAACGUCAACAACAAAUCCGGGGAGCCUUCCCGGAACCCCAAAAUAGUUGUUCCCAUCCCGGUGCACGUGAGCCGCUUCGCAAUAAGGAGUCAGCACCAGCAGAUGGAGCAGGCCAGACCAUAAUAAUAAGAAUAAUAAUAAGAAUAAUAAGCAAGGGAAACCAAACUUGCUUUUCAAGUGACUGAAUCCCGUGUUGAAGAGUUUAUUUUAUUUAAUUCCCUGCAGGGCACUUAAAAUCUCAGACAAGUCGUUAAAUAUGUGGCUUUUAUUUAGUUUGUCCGAUUUCAUUUUGAAAUAAAAAGAAACAGGUUUUUGGACAAACUUUAGUUGAAUUUGGUUAAAAAGUUUAAGCUUCUUGGGGACAAACUUGCUUCAAGAAAAUCAAUUAAACCUAAAUUACAUUUUUUGUAUCAGGUAAACUAUGUUGUUAAUUUUAGAGAAAAUAAAGACUUAAAUUAGCAUCUUUUAACCAACAGAACAACCGAAAAAUACCAUUAAAUUAAAAUAAAAUGAAAAAACAGAAGUCUUUCACAUAGUUCUGAUUGUAAGGAAACAUUUGGCUUCUUAAAAGUGCAGUUUAUGUAAUUAUAACUUUAUAACCUUAACACUCUACAUAUUGACAUGACGCCACCUAACCAAAUAAAACCUUUAUGAAAUGUUAAAAGCAGAUCACGAGGCUUGAAUUUAACAAAAUAAAAGCAGAAAUUGAUCAUCUGAGGCUUCUGAGCUGAUGAGAAUCCGAUUUUUUCAGGUUAAAUUAUAACAAUAGCCUAACAACAGCUUCGUGAAUGCACUUUUCCUGUAAAAAAAAUAAAAAGUCUAAUUUCAUUUGAAGUUGAUGAAAAAAAAAUCUGCCAAAUUCCUUUAUAAUACUGUUGGUUUUAGGAGCUUUUCAGACUCAAAUUAAGCUCGUUUUUCUCAGAAAGAAAGUGGAAAUAUCUCAAAUCUAAACACUAAACUGAUAUUAAUUGCUUGUUAAAUAAGGCCGUUUUUAAAAGGUCACAUUAACAAAUCUUUUAAUAACAUUCUUGAGUCUGACAAAGUCAUUUUGGGUAAACUGUGGCAGUGAGUUUAGAUAAUUACACUUUUUCCCCAUGGAGUUUGGUGGUAAUUACUGAAAAGGGCGUUUGGAUUCAAGAACCUUGUGAAAAUGAAACCGGUUAGUUUUUUUUUCCUGAUGUUUUCAGGCUUUAUCGUUCACUUCUUUACAGGAAAUAAAAAAAUAUACAUUUGAAGGCUCAACACGGGACUCAGUGGCUCGUUAAGAUGGACAUUUCUCCGCACCAGGAACCGCAGUAUUCAGAUCUAAUCGUUUUGGAGCGACACCAAAAACUGUGCGUAAUCACGCGCCGCUGAGGAUGAAAAGACAAACUGACAUGUACAUACACACUCGGGACCAAACGGAGGACUUCACGUGUUAUUAUGAAUCAUUAUUCUUGAUUUGAGAAACAUUUUGGGGGUUUUCUGACCCUGCUGUCUGUGCUACUGAAGAGUUUAAAACCUCUUUGGAUCAUUAUUGCUUCUUUUAUUUUAUUUCUUUGGGACAAAAUGACGCUGCUAAUUUAUUUAUAUGAAAGUGUGCAAAAGUAACUAACAUUCCCUGACGUAUGGAGCUUAAAAAAAAAGAAAAAAAGUGUGAAUUAAAAGAUGAAACCA